UGGUUUAGUCCUGAUCUAGUCCUGGUCUAGUCCUGGUCUAGUCCUGGUCUAGUCCUGCUCCUGUCGUCCAUCUGCUGAGUGAGAUGACAGCGUCUGUGCACUGCAAAAUAUUUCAUGUUCUUCUCUGUCAUUCUUCUUUCUUUUUUGUGUAAACUCAAAGCAAAUAUUUUAAUUUAAACCAAAAAUAAAUAAUCUUAAGUAACUUGAGUAACAUAAAACUUGAGUAAAAUCUGACAAAAAGCUUUAGUUUAAGAGUCUAAGCUUUUUCUGUUUUGUAGUGUCGGAGGAGUGGAGACAGCAGAGCCUGGGGGUUUCCUGUUUUCAGGCGGAGCUUAGAGAGGCUUGGCUUGUUUUGCUUUUCUUCUGUCUCACUCUCUCUGUGUCUCUUCUCUCCUCUCUUUAAGCGUUUGCAGAAAAUGCCGGAAAUCAUGGACAACUUUCAGACCGUCCUGCGUUUUUUCAUGAACCAAAAAGCCACAAUCGGCUACAGCUUCAUGGCGCUCCUCACGAUCGGAGGAGAGAGAGUGUUUUCCAUGGUUUCUUUCCAAUGUCCAUGCAAUCGUGGACAAAAUUUUGCAUACGGAUUAACGUUUUUGCUCGGCCCUGCUGCGGUUUUGCUCCUUCUCGGUCUCUUCAUGAGCGCGAGACUGUGGAGACUCUACACCGGCUGCUGCUUAAACCCGUUGAAACUUUGUCCUCGAGGGAACUGCUUCAACUGCCUCAGGGUCCUGCUCAGUAUCUUCUCGGGAGCGUGCGUGGCCCCGAUCAUGUGGCUGUCCGUGGCGCUGCUGAACGGGACGUUUUACGAGUGCGCGGUGAGCGGGCUGGACGACACCGUGGUGGUGAAUUUGUUUUGCGUGAAUAAGACGAUGAAAUGCCGGGAGGAGCUGGCCCACGUGCCCUGCGACCGCUCCAGCCUGACGCCCAACGAGAGGAUGGAGCUGCUGCUGAUGUUCAGGGCGCAGUCGCAGAUCCUGGGCUGGUGCAUCAUCAUCGUGGCCGCCCUGGUGGGUCUGUGUGGGACCUGCUACACAAACUGCCGCUCCAAAGUGAGUUACCUGCAGCUCACCUUCUGGAAGCGCUACAUGGACAAGGAGAAGGAGCGUUUUGACUCGUUCGCCGUGGAUUACGCCACCAAACUCGCCGAGAGGAACCUGCAGAGCUUCUUCGAAAACAAGGACCCGGAGCCUUUCCCGUUCCCCAACCACCGCGCCUGGGAAGAGAUCUCAGCGCUGUACACGUUCACCCGCAGCGAGCAGUGUUACAGUACUCUCCAGAGGUACGUGGAGGGAACCGACCGCGACGACCACCCCGAGAAGAGGCCCGUGAUGGACGAGGAGCGUGGCAUGGAGAUGAGAUGAACAAAUCCUGGUUUAGACCUGGUUUAGACCUGGAUUAGACCUGGUUUAGACCCAGUUUAGACCUGGUUUAGACCUGGUUUGGACCUGGUUAGUUUUAGUUAAACCCCUGAGAAUAGGCCCAUGAUGGACGAAGAGCUUGGCAUGGAGAUAAAAUGAACAAGUCCUGCUUUGGUCCUGGUUUAGACCUGGAUUAGACCUGGUUUACACCUGGAUUAGACUUGAUUUAGACCUGGAUUAGACCUGGAUAAACUUGGUUUAGACCUGGUUAGUCUUAUUUACACCCCUGAGAAGAGGUCCGUGGUGCACAUAGAGCAUGACACAAAGAUGAACUGAAUAAACCCUGGUUUAGACCUGGUUUAGUCCUGGUUUAGACCUGGUUUAGGCCUUGCCUGAGCCGCCAGUCCCUCCUACAUUCAGUUUGAAUCCAGAAAGGACUUGAAUCGGACCAAAGAGCAUGAAAAACCUCCGUCCAAACUUGGAACAGUCCAACCAAAGCCUCGUCUCCCUCAAAUGCAGAAAAUAUCUCCACUUGAACAUUGUUUCAUUCAUAACAACUUCUUUUACCUGUGAUGAAGAAGAGUUUGGUGCUUUAAUUCUUGACUCUAAAGAAACCUCCUCAGUUUUUAAAACUCUGUGUUAUUUUUUUUCUUCUCUUUUUUACGUAUUGUCAUAUUUGUUUGAACAUUAACGGACCGUGCAUCUCUCUGAUCGCCCUCUGGAAUCAGAGAGACAAGAUACGGCUUCAGACUCACUCGUGUUUGUAAAGUUUUGUCAAAAUGUGUGGUUCUAGGUGGACAGGUGUGUUUUGGCCUGGUUUAGACCUGGUUUAGACCUGGUUUGGACCUGGUUUGGACCUGGUUUGGACAUGGUUCACAGCUGGUUUAGACCUGGUUUAGACCUGGUUUAGACCUGGUUUAGAUGUGGCAUUAAGAUAGUCUAGUUCUAGCCUAGGCUUCGUCACUAUGUCCCGGAGAAGAGACCCAUGACAAACAUGGAUCAUGACAUUAAGAAGUCUUGUUUUAGUCCUGGUUUAGUUCUUCUAGAUUAGUUUUGGUUUAGUUCUGCAAAGAUGAACACACAUUGAGAUGAGCUGAAGUCCUUUUUUAGUCCUAUUUUAGUCCUGUUUUAGUCCUGUUUUAGAUGAGUUUACCCCUGGGUUAGUCCUGAGUUUGUCCUGGGUUAGUUCUGGGUUAGUCCUGGGUUAGUUCUGGGUUAGUUCUGGGUUAGUUCUGGGUUAGUCCUGGGUUAGUCCUGGGUUAGUCCCGGUUUAUUCCUUGUGUUCUAGUUUAGGACUUCACCACUAAAAAGAAAAUGACGCGAUAAAAAUGAAGCAAGAUGAGCCAAGGUCCACACCAGGUCUAAACCAGGUCUAAACCAGGUCUAAUGUGGAACUACCACUGGCCUUUGUUUCUCUGUUCUGAUAUUUGACAUUUUGAACUCUCAGGAUUAAAUGAAUCUCUACACUAAACAUACUUUAAAACCUUGAAAACUGCUCUAUACUAUUGCACUUUUAACUGUGGAACAUUCCAGAUAAAGCAGUAAACAAGGAGGUGGAGGAACUAUGCACCAGAAAAGUUACACAGUGCACCUUUAAAGUUCGAUGCCUUCAGUAAAAUGAAGCUGAUAUGAAUGUGUAGAGUGUAGUCGGUAUUUCACACAUGUCUAGGCUCUUCUAAUUUUGACUUAAAGUGAAAAAAUACAAAGCACACUCAAGUUAGAGAGUUUAUACUGUGAUCUAAAGUGAGAAAAACUGAUCUGACGAAGGCUUUUUUGCCGAAAUGUUAUUUAAAAAUUUUAAAAAUAGCUUUUGGACCUCAGCUAUGCAUUUUUUUCACUUUUAUUUACUUGCAUUUGCACCUUUACAAGAACUUUGCUCUGCGUUUUCUGUUUCAUUUGAGACCAAAGAUACAAACAUUGGGCACAAGGGGUCAGUAUAAGCACAAAGAAAUUGAGGAUUUUCAGAUUUAGUCUUUCUUUCGUCCUGCUUUCUAACAUUUUUUGAAACAUUCUGUUAGUACAAAACAUGUUUCUGUCCAACUUUAGUCCAGUUUAAGAAGAUUUUAUUAUGAAAAGUGCACAAUUAUUAGGCAAGUUGUAUUUAUGAGAAUUAAUUUGUACGCACAUAAACCUCAAACCUGAGUAUUUAAGAAAGUUACAGUGACGUUUUGCCUUUCUUAGGAGAAAAUAUAUGCAUGCACAAUCAGAAUGUAACAAUAACCAAAAUAUCGUGAUAUCGUAUCAUCAAAAGUCUCACAAUAAUAUCGUGGGCUGUCACAAUAUAUCGAAUUACAAGUUUCUUUGCUUAAAUGCAGGUAUUUUUACACCUUUACAAGAACUUUGGUCUGCGUUUUCUGUUUCAUUUGAGACCAAAGAUACAAACAUUGGGCACAAGGGGUCAGUAUAAGCACAAAGAAAUGGAGGAUUUUCAGAUUUAGUCUUGUUUUGAAACCUUUUAUUAGUACAAAAUAUGUUUUUGUCCAGCUUUAAUCCAGUUUUAAAAGAUUUUAUUUUGAAAAGUGAAAUUUAAAUGCCUUUCUUUCAUGGCCUCUCAUCUACAAACAUACACCAUGUGCACAAUUAUUAGGCACAUAAACCUCAAACCUGAGUAUUUAAGAAAGUUAGGGAUGUAACAAUAACAAAAAUAUAUAAAAUAUCAUAUCGAAAUAUCAUAUCAUAUCGUUAAAAGUCUCACAAUUAUAUUGCGGGCUGUCACAAUAUGUCGAAUUACAAGUUUCUUUGCUUAAAUGCAGGUUUUAUAGAAGCAACACGCUUAUAAACAUCGGGAACUACAUAUCCCAUGAUUCAUUUCAGCUCAGACAAAGAAGAAAUAUGUUUUUUACUUGAAUUCUUGGCAUAAUGACGGAAAUAAUUCACACCAAAAUCUUAUCAAGGUAUUUUAAAAGCAAAAUGAUAAUAUCGUACUGAGAGAUUUGGAUUUCGUUACAUUCCCAGCGCACAGUUACUGGACAACUAUUAAUGUGCAGAAUUAUCUUCAGGUCAAACUAACACUUCACCCUCCCGCACCCCUCGGUACAUUUUUGUACAUCGCAACUUUACUUUUUAGCAUAACUUUGACUUUAUUGCACCAAAUAGCACCAAAAUUGGCCAGUUUGUGUAUUUUGUGAUGUAUUUUUAGUGUCUGUGUUUUUUUUUCAAGAUCACAUUCAUCAAACGGUCUAUAAUCAAAAUAAUCACACCUGUGCUCCUUCGGUACAUUUUUGUCCCAUUGACUUCCGUUCAAAAUAGCUUGGUUUACUGGCAGAAUUUUGACAGUUUUAUUUUAAUUUUUUGAUUUAAACCCCUUCAAAAUGUUUAGUUUUAGUGUCUUUUUGGUUUUUUUUUUUUUUUUUCUUUUUACUGUGUAUAGUCCACACUGAAGACCAAAGAUGUUUUUUAUAUAUUUUAGAUAUUUGAUGUAAAAAUGAUAUGGGUGUGUUCGAGAGCAGCUCCAAAGUGCAUUGAAUGUGUUUGUUUGGGAGUGUGUGUGAGUUUGUGUGUGUGCAAAUUAAAAUUAGUUGGAAAACAUAGAAAAAAAUCAAAUUUUUUCAUUUUUUUCAUGCACAUAAUUUGAGACUUCCACAAACAAAACUGGUAUUUAACGUGUAAAAUUUCAAAAUCAUAUAUAAUAUUUAGUAUGUAUGAUUAGAGCAGAAGUAAAUGAAGACACUGAUAUAAAAAAAAGUUGGACAAAACAUCUGUACUUUAUAAAAAAAAUUUUGGUAUUUGUCGAUGUACAUUUUUGACACGAAGGACCACAGGUGUGAUUAUCUGUGUAAAGGGGUGUAUUAAAUAAAACGGACUUUUCAGAGCUUUCUAUUGUGUUAUAACAUCACAAAUACGCCUAAAGAGGUUUAUAUACUGUAUCAUCCAUGCAUGUUUGAGCCAUUUAGUGAUCUGUCCAGGGAGACAUCUAUUCAAACCCUCCUUAUGAAACGUUCUUGUUAAAGUUGGUCGAAUGUAAAGAGGUUGUUUAAUGUAUUUUGUGUCCAAGGACUGCAGACGGAAAGGAGCUCGUAGCAUCUUUUCUCCCUGUGAUGAAUGUUUUCUGUGCUCUGUUCUCGUUUAAAUAAAAUAAAUAAAUGAAAAAUGGUUAGAAGUAUGAUCCUGUCCAAGACUUACAGCAUUUUCCAUAAAGUAGGACACAAAACAAAACACGAAAUUCACAAACAUGAGACUCAAAUCUUCAAAAACAAAACUGAAACUUAUUAAACAUAUAAACAUUGACGAGUAUCAGACACUAAAAGGUAAAAUGUUGAUCGAAAUAUGUGAGUUUUGUGUUUUGAGUUUGCACUUAAACCCCAGAGAAAUGUAAAAGUCUUUCUGUAAUCUUCUGUUUGUGUUACUGCAUGAGUGUAUGUUUACAUUUGUCU